AUGUUACCUACGCAUCCAGAUUUGGAAGUUAUCAAAUUCGUCACUAACGUCGUGGGCCGGGAUCCAAUUGAGACUCCUGUUUCUGGAGCAGAGACUAUCGAUGUCAAAAUUCCCGAAAGCUCUAAGUUUGUCAUGACCAUUCAUUUCAAGGUCAAGAACAGAGCCUUGAAGAACUUCAAGUACAAACAGGUCGUCAAGAAAGCUGGUAUUACCAUCAGGAAUCAGGAGUUCCUCAUUGGUGACUAUGAGCCUUCUGAUGAAGUCUACACCAAGGAUUUCCCAGAAGAUACUACUCCUGGUGGAUUUUUGAUGAGAGGGGUAUACCCAAGUCACUCCUUGUACUUCGACGAAGUGGAACAGUUAUUGGAUGUGAAAUGGGACUUGGAAAUUACCAAGAAAUAG